AUGGCGGCCGCCGGGGGUGCUGCUCUCGGGAAGAACGAGGACCCGGCGCCGGAGGCCGAGGCGCUGGCCGCAGCUCGGGAGCGGAGCAGCCGGUUCUUGAGCGGCCUGGAGCUGGUGAAGCAGGGCGCCGAGGCGCGCGUGUUCCGCGGCCACUUCCAAGGCCGCGCGGCCGUGGUGAAGCACCGCUUCCCCAAGGGCUACCGGCAUCCGGCGCUGGAGGCGCGGCUCGGCCGGCGGCGAACCGUGCAGGAGGCCCGGGCGCUGCUCCGCUGCCGCCGCGCAGACUAUGCAUCCAACUGCUUAUACAUGGAAGAAAUCGAAGGCUCAGUGACUGUUCGAGAUUAUAUUCAGUCUACUAUGGAGACUGAAAAAACUCCUCAAAGCCUCCUUGGCUUAGCCAGGACAGUCGGGCAGGUUUUGGCUCGAAUGCACGAUGAAGACCUCAUUCAUGGUGAUCUCACCACUUCGAACAUGCUCCUGAAACCCCCCGUGGAGCAGCUGAACAUCGUGCUUAUAGACUUUGGACUCAGUUUCGUUUCAGCCCUUCCUGAAGAUAAGGGGGUUGAUCUCUACGUGCUAGAGAAAGCCUUCCUCAGUACCCACCCCAAUACGGAGACUGUGUUUGAAGCCUUUCUGAAGAGCUACUCCACCUUCUCCAAAAAGUCCAGGCCAGUGCUAAAAAAAUUAGAUGAAGUGCGCCUGAGAGGAAGAAAGAGGUCCAUGGUCGGGUAG